AUGUCUCGCGAGAGCUACCAGGUGCCCACGGGCAACUCGCCGACGUUUGGCGGCAGCGCGGCGUUCCCGACGCGCGAGUUCAUCCCCGACAACAGCGUGUCGACCAUGUUCUACAUCUGCGGCGACUGCGCGGUGCGCGUGCCGCUCGAGAAGGGCGCUCCCAUCCGCUGCCAAAAGUGCGGCGCCCGCGUGCUCUACAAGGAGCGCACCAAGAGAAUGGUACAGUUCGAGGCGCGGUAG